AUGGAGCAUGCCAACGGCAAGCUGCCCAGCAAGCAGCCACAACCACUGCACGGCCUGCAGGCGGCGCUGCAUGGGCGAAACAAUGUGCCUGACACGGACCCGCUGCUCUUCACGCCCUACAUAGCGGCUGUGCCGACUCCCCAGGAGGUCAAUGGCUGCGCCAGCCCACCCCAGAACUACGCCUGGCACACGUCAACGGCGGCGCAGAAGCACGGCUACCCAUGGCCCAAGCUGGCGGUGCUUGGCGUGCUGGCGGGGGCCUACAUCGGGCUGGGCUUCUCGCUGUGCACCCUGGUGGGCGGCCAACUCAGCGCGGAGACACGUCACGACGAGCCGGGAUACUUCAACCUCCUGUUUGGCAUCUAUGGCUUCCCCAUGGGGCUGACGCUGUGCGUGGUGGCGGGCGCCGACCUCUUCACCUCAAACUGCAUGUAUGCCACCUUUGCCGUGGCAGAAGGGCGGUACGGCCUGCUGGGUGCGGUACGCUGCCUGGUCUCCUCCUACCUCACCAACCUUGUCGGCUCGUUGCUGCUGGUGGGGCUCAUGGUGGGCGGAGAGGUCUACAAGGGACGGUCAGACUUUGUGAUCGAGCUGGCGCACAAGAAAAUUGCUUCCAGCUUUGGCGCCACGCUGUGCAAAGGCAUCCUGUGUAACUGGCUGGUGUGCCUGGCGGUGUGGCAGGGCAACAUGGCUCGUGAUCUGGCUGGAAAGUUCAUCGGCGUCUUCCUCCCCAACUCCGCCUUUGUCAGCAUGGGAUUCGAGCAUUGUAUCGCCAACAUGUACCUCAUCCCCCUGUCCAUGGCGCUCGGCUCUGGCAUCUCUGUCGCGCGGCGCGCGGAAAAGCCCACCCAGAGCACCGCCUGUGGCUACCACCCAAGGCCCAUGGGGCACAGCGAGAGCUUUGCGCACGUGCAGGAUGCGGCCCCCGGCACCGGCACCGGUACCGAAGACAGCUUCGGCAGCCGCUGA